AUGCCUGAGAGUAACUGUGCUGGCAACCUUCCUGCUCCUACUACUGUGGUAUCUCUUUGCGUCUCAAUGUCUCCUCAAGCUAGGGCGAAGAGGAAAAUUGCUGCCCUCAUGGAAGAGGUCGAAAAUUUGAAGCAGGAGAAAGCGAUAAAACAAGGUGGUUGCAAAAACACCUACUAUGUUUCCCAGGGACGAGCACUUAGGAUGGUUGUUCUUUACUGCCCAUUAGAAGAUCUGGUUGCGAGAAUGACCGGCGUUGCGAAGACUCAGACGGCGACCACACAAUCGAGUAAGCAUUCAUGUUCAUGGUACCAUGUUUAUCUUAACGAUGAACAGACAAACCGCCUUCAGCACGGCUACAUUGAAUCACUCAAGCGAGGAGCUGAUUCAGCUCAUGGUGACGACACGGGAACUCUCAAAGAGCUCGUGGCCUCAUGGGUUAACAUUGAGUGUCGUUCCGCCUUCGUUUCUAAGAGCAGACCGAUAAGCACCAUCGAAGGUUUCGUGAACGAUGCGUGUGGUAAGCUACUCUGCCCAGCGGAAUGGUGCUGGGAGGAUCCAGUCGUCAGGGCGGAAUUCGUGACCCGCUACCACCGCUUUUAUUGUUUCCGAAAAUUCUUGGCCUAUGUUCAUAAUCUGGAGCGUGGUCUCUUCAAGUUCCAAGCUAUUAGUCAUGGUAUGAGGAAGGGUAACUCCUCGCGCGAUCGCAUAUGCAGCUUGCCAGACUUCUUCGAGGAUCCUCCAGGUCCAGCUGCGCUAGCAAGGGUGAACAAGCUUCUCAAAUGGUGGACCAGAAAAGUGUUCGGACGAAAUCAUGGUCAGGACUUAACACCGGAUGUUAUUCUUCACAUGUCUGUCAACAGUCUCGCUUCCCAGAGACAGCAAAUGGAGGACGCUGCAUUCAACUCCAACUAG